GCACCCUUAUAUUUAAGAAAAAUCACCUUUUUUUAAAUUAAUUUAAAAAUUCCUUUUGUGGAAAGAGCAUGAAGAAGAAGAAGAAGGAGGAGGAGCAGGAAAAGAAGGUGCCCGUGUCCAAGUGCCCAGAUAACACUGCAUUCAAGCAGCAGCGUGUCCCGGCCUGGAGACUUACCCUUUCUGCCAAGGCCGUCCUCUCAUCUUUCUUUCUCAUUGGCAGCUUCUGCCUUGCUGUGGGCAUCAGCUGGAUUGUAGCAACGGUCAAUGUUAAAGAGAUAGCGAUAAAUUAUUCUGAUUACUGUGUGACUUGUUCCGACCUUCGGCAAAAUUCCUCUAAUUCAGAAAAACCCUGCAAUUGCGUUGUAAACUUCACGGUGCCCGGGGAACUGCAGGGGGAUGUGUUUAUGUACUAUGGACUCAAUAACUUUUUCCAGAACCAUCGUCGCUAUGUAAUAUCCAGAUAUGACACUCAGUUACUUGGGAGAAACGUGACCAAUUCUGAGACCAUAACAAAAUCGACUAACUGUGCGCCAUUUUCCACCUAUCAAAAUGGAACACCAAUGGCUCCCUGUGGCGCAAUUGCCAACAGUUUAUUCAAUGACACUAUAACACUCUAUUAUUAUACAACCGCAACUACAAAAAUCCCAGUUCCUCUCCUGAGAACAGGAAACACAUGGUGGUCUGAUAAGAACAUCAAGUUCAAGAAUCCACAGCCAGUAAAUAAUCUGGUCCAGGCAUUUGCAGGCAGUGCCAGGCCACCGUAUUGGCAGAAACCACCUUAUUUACUUGAUUCCGAUCCUUACAACAAUGGCUACGAGAAUGACGACUUUAUCAUCUGGAUGAGAGUUGCUGCCUUCCCAAACUUCCGUAAGCUCUAUCGGCGCCUGUCUCGUGUUCAGCAGUUUGCCAACGGCCUUCCAGCAGGAAACUACAGCUACAGCAUUGAUUACAAUUUUCCCGUAUCUAAGUUCAAAGGCCAGAAGUACAUAUACCUGACAACGCUGUCAUGGUGCGGGGGGAGGAACUUGUUUCUGGGAAUCGCAUACACAGCAACGGGAGCGGUUGUUAUACUGGUGGCAGUCGCCAUGCUAGCUGUGCACCUGAAGAAAAAGAAGAAAAAAAGCCGAUAUUCUACAAAAUAAAUAAGAACAGAGUAUGGUAACCCUGUAACUGUUAAGGGCAAAUAUUGUCAGCAGAUAAUUUUAUUCAGGAUUGUUAGAGCUGCAGUUGUGAAAUAUAUGUCUGGGCCCAUUACUGCUGCAACUUUGUUUUGUGCCAAAUGGAACACAGCUCUUCUGUUUGCUGUAAACUGUGCUGCACCAUUUAUUUCAGUAGGCAUAGGGUGAUUAUGGGCAAAUUAAAUGGAGAAAUUACAUUGGCAUGGGCAGCCCUCUGAACCAAAUGUCAGGAUACCCAGUGCUCAUGACUUUUAGGUUUUAUUAAGGUUUUAUUUAAUAACCCCAGAUUUAUGUAUCCUGUUCAUAUCUCCAGGAAAUACUGUAUUACUGAUAAUUUACACAAUUCUGCCAUCUUGUGGCUAGCUGUAUAACCUUGGGUCAGAUCACCAGGACACAAAGGAAACUACAGGUAUAGGGCCCAUUAUCCAGAAUGCUCAGGACCAAGGGUAUUCCGGAUAAGGGGUCUUUCCAUAAUUUGGAUCUCCAUACCUUAAAACUACUAAAAAAAUCAAUAAAACAUUAAUUAAA